CGUUUUCUUCUUGAAGCCGAAUUCUAUCGAAUUGGAUUCCGCAGAGAUAAACUGAGUUUUGCAAACAAACAAAAAAAAUCCUUGAAAUCGAGAGGAUCGUUUUUGUUGAACUGUCUCCUUUGUUUCUGUUGUCUCUGAUUAGGGUUUCUGGGUAACGUUGUUGUCUCUCUCUCUCUCAUUUGAAGUUUGGCUGCUGUUUGCUUGCUUCAGACCAGAGAUCUUUUCUCCGAUUUGUUCUCUACCCUUUUUUUUUUUGCGAGUUAGGGUUUGGGUUUUAAUCGUUAUUUGUUAACCUGUGAGAGAUAUAAAGAUGUAUGCUGAUCGAUUGGAGGCUGACGCUACGAGCAGGAAGACGGUAAAGGAUCGUCUCAACGGCGGUUCCGGCGACUUUUCUAGUCGCCACGGACAGGUCACCGGCAAGAGACAAAGGCAGGAUGACAAAUGGGAGCAUGAUCUUUUUGAGGAAGAUGAACGUCGUCUGUCAAAAGGCAGAGCCGAUCCCAGAGACCUUCGUCUGAAGCUCCAAAAGAAACAACAUGGGUCGCAAAGUGGACAAGGGGCUGGUUCGGGUGUGAGGGAUUUACGUGAGAAGCUAUCCGGGACAAUGAAUCCGCAACCAAGGAACAGUGACCCACCGAAAUCUAAAGGCGAGGCUGCUAGACCAGUCAUGAAGAGUGUGGCAGUUGAAGCCCCUGGAGCAGAGACUAAACGAACUUCUGAUCAAUCUACAAGGAGGAAAUCUCGGCAGACAGCUGAUGCCUCAGUGGAGAGCUUCUUGGAAUCAUUGGGUCUCGAGAAAUAUUCGAUCAAUUUUCAAGCGGAAGAAGUUGAUACGGAUGCUCUUCUACAUAUGACUGACGAUGAUCUCAAGGCUAUGAGUAUACCAAUGGGUCCGAGGAAGAAGAUACUUCUGGCUUUAGCAUCAAAACACUGAUGCUGAAACAGAAGCUUAGUUUGGUUCCAAUCAAUGCCGACGGUCGGGUUCAAGGCUCAGCAGCAUGGUUUCCCGGAUUCACAUUUUGCUUAUUGUUGGGUAUGAUCCUGCGCUUUUACAUUACCUCUUGAUUCUCUCUGUCUUCUGGUCUGUGCCGUGAAAAGGUUGUCUGUUCUAAGCGACAAAACUAGCAGCAUGAGUUGUAACUUGUAAUCUUUAAUACAUUGAAUCUGUGAAGGUUUAACGUAUAAAUCAUAUUUCCAGCUAGAAAUUAAUUGAA